AUGCAUUUUGAAACGAAUAUCAAGUUCAGAUCAGAUUUUGAUACCAAAGAAUUUGAUGCUGGGUUGAGAUACGGCCUGCUCACCAUCGAAAUUCCUAGGAGCAAAUCUCCAUCGACAGCUACAGCGGAAAGCACACAGCUCGCUGAACCCGUUGCGAUUCUCCUGCCGCCAACCGUCGCAAAGGAGGAAGAAGGAUUUGUGGCCGAGGGAAAGGAAGAGUCGGCUGCCACAAAGGAAAAGGGGUCGCCAACGGAUGCCGAAGAAGAAGGGUUGACGACGGACACAACAAAGGCCAAGCCAGCCCCUACAAUCACCGACAAGGAGGAAGCGGCUACCACCGACCAAGAAAUUCAUGUUGCCGUUCCAUGCCAGGCCGGUGGAGAUUAUCACUGCUGUCCAACCACAGCCUCCAAGAAGGAAGGUCCCGCAAACGUGGGAAUCCAUCAACCAUCCCAAGACCAACCCGUCAUCGGGGGGUCUGCCGCUGGUCCAGCCGUCGAGAGCUCUACCAACGCAAUGAAAACCCCAGCUCCUUCCUCGGUCGGGAGCGCUCGCAUGCAAGCCCUUGCGAUAAGGGUGCAGUCCUUACGAGGCGAAGUUGGAGGGAGUGAAAAUCAAUGGACGAGAGGUUUUUACUAA